CAUCCCUUCCCUUCGCUUCCCCUAACACAACCAAACUCAGAACGGCGAUACCGUGAGCAAUGGUGGAAAGUACAUAUAGGGUACCUUUCCUUUUCUGUCGUAGUCUUUUCUACUCUGCUUCGUUCGGCAUACCCUGUGGCGCGCCGUUCCUGGCUUUGACGAGUUUGAAGGCGUCAUCAGAUUCCCAGCGCAUCUGAGAUUGGCAAGGCAAGGUUGACAUGUUGCAUUAUCUAGGUCCUUUCUAUUUACUUCUCACUUCUUCCAUGAGGACCUUUACGGCGGGUUUGAAUAGUAUAGGAGUCGCCUUUUUCUACAAACAUUUGGAUAACGUCCGACAACCCAGCUUCUUGGUAAUGCUAAGUUCUGGCUCGUCGAUGCUAAGCUCUGGCUGGUCACUCGUGACCUUGGUAGAGCGGGCCGUCCUCUUUGGAUAGUGAAAGGCAAGGGCACCGCGUUGAUUUACGAUCCGCCCUUGGAACUCCUACCCACACUUGUUGAGUCAACCUUGAGGGAUA